AUGCCUGAGACACCGACAGAAAUACCAGUAUCACCAACAGCUGCACUGUCAGCAUCAUCUUCUUUUCGAGCAGAUGAAAUUCUUCGUUCCAAGUUGUCGAGUGAAGAGAGCAGAGUUUCUUCUGUCUUCCAUUCUUUGCCCCCAAAAAUUCCGGGUGAAAAAGAACCCUUUAAAAAAUUCGACGAAAAAGAACCCUCUGCCGCUUUAUCUCCCAAUCUACCACAGAUCCGUCCUCCAGCUUUCUCUCCUUUGGUUAAUCUGAAGCACAUCACACCAUUUGAACAUAACGAGAAGCCUCUCUUUCGUGCUCGUCAAGCGUCCGAGCCCCCACCCAAACUGGAUGUGAAACCUACUCGGUCACCAUCAACUCCAUCACCGGUUUCGCCACCUAGUCAGCAAAAGACUGUCCAAAAGGCUCAAUCUGUGUCUUCUCCGACCAACAAUCCCUUUUCCGCGUAUAGUUGGGAUAGCUGGGCGAAACCAGUAUUUGUGAGAGGUCCAGGUGUUUUAGACUCUCAGACUGAGAAUGGAUUUGCUUCAGGUGGUAAAAUGUCCCAAUCAUCAAACUCCUAUCCACCUGCUCCUCCACCUAUCCUGUAUUAUGAUCCCUUCCUGGGUCAGUAUGUCUCUACACCGGGAUAUCAUACAGUGGGAAGGUAUUCACAGGGUCUAGGUCGGCGUCAACGAUCCAAAAGGCACAAUCAACGCCAUAAGUCAGUUGGACAUUACUCCACUUAUGAAAAAACUAGAUCGACCUCGUGUCUCCCUACGUAUGCAGUGGAAUCGGUGUCGGAAAGGCAGUACCCAAUGACUGAAAACCGGAUCGGAGAUGUAAUCCAGUAUCAACAAGCAACACCACAUCUAAUGCGGUCGGCGACGCCACAGAUGCCGGUACAACUACGUCAGAGUUAUCGAAACGAUAAUGAGAUGAGAGUGAAUAAAAAGGUGCAUAUGGUAUCCAGUGGGACGGAUGAUACUCCAAUCCAGUUGGUUGACACGUUGUCGCCUAGACGAGAAUCUAUUAAUUUCAACAACAUCAGGAGUGACAACGCCGAACUUUUGGAGUCAAUUUCACCGGUGUAUAUUCCAUCCACUGCAGAAGCUGCUCGUCCGGAUGUAAGCCUUGUUAAGCCUCCAGACGAUCAAAUACGAUACACCAGUGAUGUGGUGCGUUCUUUGAACCGACAGGCAUUCAAAAUGGGUCAACGGCAGUCGAAGGAAGGUGUAUUGUCACCUCGAGACCAUUAUUUAGAGGUAGUGAAUGGAUCAGCGCGCCCAAAAGCGCGUGAAAAUUUCGGCUAUUCAAAAGUUAGUUUAAACGGAGCUGAAAAGCGGCCCGGAGUAAUGGACUUGGUAAAAAGGUAUUCACAAUUCGAGGAGGACGCCUACGCACCACGGGCACGAAAUUCCAGACCAGCAAUGGACAAUGUGAAUAAUAUGGAAGAUUCAGUGGAAAUUUUGAGUGACCUGAGCUAUAACGAGGCUGUAGGAAGGAAGCCGUAUGCACGUUGA